GCUUUUAUAAUAGGUCUUGGUCCUUUUGGAUGUUUGCCGGGUGUUUUAUGAGUAGGAGCUUGCUCAUUAGUUUUAUUAGAUAAAACCUUUACAGGCGUCAAAAAUACAGGAUUCUCCUUUGUAUCGGUAAAGCUGUUUAAUUCUGGGAUAUCUAAAACAAACCAAGUCCAACACACUAAACUGGAAGCAAUAUGCUAUGACAAAAAAUGUAUUGCACAAGAAAAAUCACAUAAUCAUGCUAGUAUAGAGUUGAUCCUGUCAUUGCUCGAGUGUUGGCAUUUCAAAGUCAGACCUUGCUCUUAUCACAGCCACCAAGGUUGGGCUCCAGGCAACAUUCUUCUGAGUUAAAUCCUCCAAGGGCCCUACCAACCUCUUGAUAUAUGAGCGGUUCGUGUGAUGCUGAGAGGGAAGGCGCAUGCAGAGUGGAAAGUGGUUAUUAGUGGUGAUAGGCGUACGUUGAGAGAUGAUCAGUACAUUAUUGAUGACAGAGCAGUCAUUUGGGGUCACGACAAAAUAGAAGGAAAUAUAGCCAUCCUACCUAGAGGACAACAUCAUUUUCCAUUCAAAUUUCACCUUCCUGAAAGUGCACUUCCUUGUUCUUUUGAAAGCAAGCCAGGCUAUAUAAGAUAUUACAUUAAGGUCACAGUUGACAUCCCGUACUGUUCUCCGCCACAGGGGAUGAAGUAUUUCACCAUAAUUGGACCUCAUAUUGACUGUAUGGACGAACAAUAUUUGAAACCUAUAGUUGGAGAAGAUAAGAAGACAACAUGUUGUUUUUGUUGUCAACGCGGGCCAGUAGUUCUCAGAUCUGAGCUUGAGAGAUCAGCUUAUGUAUCAGGAGAAUCUAUCCGUCUCCGUGCAGAUAUUGACAACCAAGGAGAACAGGAAGUUAGGCUAGUAGUCAAACUAAUGCAAUAUGUAGAGUAUUUCAUAGAAAGAGGUGUGCUUGGAGUAACCAAAGAAACAGAGCAUUUAGUACUAGAAUAUAAAGGGGAUUUGAUUAAGCCCAAUACCGUGACCAAAUGGGACUCAGACCAUAAUCUGGUUCUUCCAGUGACGCCUCCGUCACUUGUGGGUCUAUGCCGACUUUUACAAAUAUAUUAUGUGCUCAAGGUUGGUUUGGAAUUUGAAAAGACAGGAGACGAUCUGACAAUGCACUUCCCUUUAACUGUAGCAACUGUACCAUUCCGAAUCCCUAAUUCCAAGGAGCAAUCUGUUGUACAUUAUGGUGUUGCAAGUGAACAUGUUGAAGGCGGAAUGUACGUUGGGCCGGAGUUUCUUCUUGGCCAAGUCUACGACGGUUCCUUAGUAAGAACAGAGCCAGUGAUCCUUUACCGCCCACUUUAUGUCUGCGUCAAUAACCAUUGGUCAUAAGUGUUUAGAAUUAAUACAUGUACCUAGGUGACAAAUUUAUUUUCAACUAGUAAAUUUCAAUGUGUUCUUUUUCAAUUCAGACAGCCAUCGGGAAUUAUUCGUGAAACAAUUUAAAUUAUUCCUGUAUUGACUGCUCCAAACAGGGUUUGCUACAUUGCCGUAAAGUGUAUAUUUUCAGAUAAAAUGUUUUAAAACAAAAUUAAUCUUCACAAAGCUUUUGAAUUUUUUUUGCGUUAUAUUAAACAUGGCUCAUGCAUUUA